GCCCCGGGCUGGGCUCCAAACUAAACGCCCAGUCAGUCACGCAGAGAGAGAGAGAGAGAGAGAGAGAGAGAGAUUUUCAGUUUGAAUUUUGGUAUACCCGCCAUAUCCAAAAGCUCGGAAGGAAGGCUUAAAGAGCAUGACGCUGACGCCAUUCCCCUGCCCACGCGAACGCACCGCCGCUUCCGCUCUCCUCCUCCUCUCCACCUCCUCCUCCUCCUCCUCCUCCACCUCCGCCUCCCUCUCCCAUUCAGAGUAACUCCCGAUCAUGCUCUCCGGCUCCCUACUGUGUUUUUAGCUCCCGUCCGUUGAAGCAAAAUCUACUCGCACUCUGUUCUGCAGGCUCCCUGCAGGUGCCGGUGCCGCUUCGGCCGCACGAGGAAAUCCGAGCUCAAGCUCGAGUUCGAACUUAGAGUCGGCCGAUUCCAAGUCCUGCUCCUCUUCCUUGACCAGCAAGCUCUCCUCCGACGAAAUUCGCGCGCCCAAGCUGAGGAUCGUUGCUGUUGCAUCUCAUCGCCAUGAAUUUAAGCUCCAGUUUCAACUUGCUCAUCCGCUUCGUCGUGGAAGUAAGAGUGGGCAGGAGACUCCGGUUGAAUAAGACUUGGAGCUACAAUCACCAGAAGUCCAAAUUCAAUGAGGCAAUCACAAAGUCGGUUGAGUUUAAACCAAAGACCAUCUCCUGCUUAUCAAGUGGCUCCAGCGGGCGUUCAAGUGCGACAUCGCAGAAAGUACGUAAAGGCAAGGCUAAGCAGGCCGUGGCUCGCGGCGAGGAGACAGUUGAGAAGCCUGUUGGCUCUGCUCACAUUCGUCUCCGAGCUGAAGCCAUUUUGAGGUUCCUUGCCGAUGGUUCUGCCUCUGAAGUGAAGAUUCGCCAAGUGCUAGGUGACAGCCCCGAUACCAGCAAAGCUCUCAGAAUCUUGUUGAAGCGGGAGGAAGUCACGAGAUCUGGGAGAGGAGGGCGUCACCACCCCUAUAUUUACACGAUAGCAAAAAGGAGUAAUGAUCCUCUUCUGGCUAGCUAGACUGGAUGAGAAACUAAAUAUCAGAAUGCCAGCAAAGUGUUGGUCCUAGGGAUCGAUAGAAGCUAAGAAGUUCAUAAGCCAUAUAUCUCUCAUUUUGGCCAAAUUUGAUCAACUGUCUUAAUCUAGUUGUUCACGGGUUUCAAAGUCCAUGAAGCAUAGGUAUAAUCUUGCAGUGGUUCAAGUAUAUGGUCCCAGCUCCACUGCACUUUCUUUACUAAAAUUGAAUUUUGUGAUAUCCGGUGAUAAAGUAUUACCAUCUCCGAUAUAUGAUGUCAUACUUUCUGCCAAGAUGUAUGUUCUCGAGGGAUAUUAGGACUGCAUCUAUGACGAGCAAAUAUAUUACUUGUACAGUUCAAAAGACAUGCAACAUUAGUAGUAUCUCUUUGUGAUUGCAAGGUUUCUACCAUAGAUGAAAGAAUUUCCGGGUGUUGCUGAUAUAAAUUGGGUGUUUGAAAUUGAA